GCUUUUCUUCCUUUCUCGUCAGAUGAAAAACAAAAUUUUUACUCUCAUAAAAAAUAAAAUUAUCCCUUUUUCCCCUAAAUCAUUAUCUCUUUUACAGACCCAUUCAUUGGAUCUUUAUAUAAUCUACUACUAAUAAUCAUAUUUGUUUCUAAAGUCCUUGUUCUACUUCAAUUCCUAGCUCUUGUCUGCGUUGAAAAUCUCUGAAGAAGAUGACUGUGGAACAAGAUUUUGAAGCAGUGGACCAGUUCCCAGUGGGGAUGAGAGUUCUUGCCGUUGACGAUGACCAAACUUGUCUCCGUAUUCUCGAGACUCUCCUUCACCGCUGUCAAUACCAUGUUACAACAACGGACAGUGCGCAGACUGCACUGGAGCUGUUGAGGGAGAACAAGAACAAGUUUGAUCUCGUUAUUAGCGAUGUCGACAUGCCUGACAUGGACGGUUUCAAGCUCCUUGAGCUCGUUGGGCUUGAAAUGGACUUACCUGUCAUUAUGUUGUCUGCUCAUAGCGAUCCAAAGUACGUGAUGAAAGGAGUCAAGCACGGUGCCUGCGACUACCUGCUUAAACCGGUGCGUAUCGAGGAGCUCAAGAACAUAUGGCAACACGUGGUGAGGAAAAGCAAGUUCAAGAAAAUGAAGAGCAUUGUGAUUCAUGAUGAAUCAUCCCAAGGAAACUCUGACCAGAACGGUGUGAAAGCAAACAGGAAACGUAAAGAUCAGUUUGAAGAGGUGGAAGAAGAAGAUGAAGAAAGAGGGAAUGAGAACGAUGAUCCAACGGCUCAGAAGAAGCCACGUGUUCUUUGGACUCGCGAGCUUCACAAUAAGUUCUUAGCAGCUGUUGAUCACUUGGGCGUUGAGAAAGCUCAACCAAAAAAGAUUCUUGAUCUGAUGAAUGUUGACAAGCUCACAAGAGAGAAUGUUGCUAGCCACCUUCAGAAGUUCCGCUCUGCGUUGAAGAAAAUAACUAAUGAAGCUAAUCAACAAGCUAGCAUGGCGGCUAUAGACUCACACUUCAUGCAGAUGAGUUCUCUCAAAGGGCUUGGCGGCUUCCACCACCAAAGGCAGAUACCUCUUGGAUCCAGUCAGUUCCAUGGUGGAGCUGCAACCAUGAGGCAUUAUCCUCUUGGUCGCCUAAACUCCUUUGGAGGAGUGUUCCCACAUGUGUCAUCAUCGCUUCCUCGUAACCACAAUGAUGGAGGAGGUUACAUACUUCAGGGAAUGCCGAUUCCGCCUUUAGAUGAUCUUCAUAUCAACAACAACAAUAAGGCUUUUCCGGGCUUUAGUUCACAACAAAGCUCUUUAAUGGUUGCUCCUAAUAAUCAGUUGGUUCUCCAGGGUCACCAGCAGUCGUCGUAUCCAUCCUUAAACCCAGGGUUGUCUCCCCAUUUCGAGAUCAACAAGCGUCUUGAGGACUGGUCAAACGCUUUAUUGUCAACCAACAUUCCACAGAGUGAUGUUCAUUCAAAACCAGACGCCUUGGAGUGGAACCACUUCUGCAACUCAGAUGCUGCACAAGCAGGCUUUAUUGAUCCAUUACAGAUGAAGCAGCAGCCUGCAAACAACUUAGGCCCAAUGACUGAUGCUCAGCGAUUGAGAAGUAGCAAUCCAAAUGAAGGUUUAUUUGUGGGACAACAGAAGGUAGAGAAUGGUUCAAUGCCUUCAAAUGCUGGUUCCUUGGAUGAUAUUGUCAACUCCAUGAUGCCAAAGGAACAGAGCCAAGCUGAGUUCUUUGAAGGAGAUUUGGGGUUUGGAUGGCAUAAUAGCUCACUCAGAACAUGCAUAUGAGAAUCUGUUUUAUGUUUUCUCUGUACUUGGUUAACAUGAGAAAGAGUGUUUUAUUCAGACACAAUCAUUUAGUAUUAUCUUUGGUUCUGGUCUUUUUGUUUGCUCUCUUUGUAAAAAAAACUGCAUUUAGUAUUAUCUUUGGUUCUGGUC